AUGGCCCUCGCCGCCUACCGCAAUAUCCUGCGCGCAACCCGCAUAGCCUUCCAGGGCGACGAGCGCGUGCUCUCCGCCGCGCGGCUGCAGGCUCGCACCAUGUUCCGGGAGAAGGCAAGUCUGCAGCCGGCAGACCCGGCUGUCGCCCCUGCGAUUCAGCAUGCGGAGGCUGUUGCGGAAGCUCUGAGGGCGAAUGUUGUACAGGGAAGCCAGCAGGGUGAUGGGAGUACCUACAAACUGAGAAUACACGAGUACACCGAGCGCGGUGACAAUGACACGAUCACUCUGGCGGGCAUGAAGAAGGCUGCGAGCGGAGACGGAUGUUGCUCGAGCUGA